CACACACAAUGUCCAGCUCCGCCACCGUCGGCUCCGGUACGACCGGCAACACGACCCCCAUCAAGGUAGACGAUGAUAUCACCACCGCAGAGGAGCACAAAGAGCACAAGGACGGGCCCUCGAAUAGAUACGAUCAUCUUGCGCAAAGCUUCUGCAAGCUGACCGCGCUUGAGAAGGAAAAGUUCCAGGAACUGGUGACAGCGGAUCGCAGAGUCCAUUCUAUCGACAACCUUGACGACUGGCACGAAUUCUACCUGGACCUGCUAGGGGUCAGCCGUACAGACGGCGAUCCUACUUUUUACAGUGCGGACGCAAAGACAGAAAUCCCCCCUGUGGUGCGGAAGUUGUUCAAUGAUCCGCCCAGCUUCUCCGGCUUCAUCUACGCAAACGCGGACUGGGGGCUCUCGUGUUCGGUGUACGCUGCAGGACUCUUCACAGCCUCAACCAAGGGGCCCCUCACGGCGAGCCAGUCCGCGUACCCCACCGUCGCCACGAUGGUUCAUUGUAUUGUGAAUGAGAUGAACAGAGAGAACGCAGCCGCAGCCGCAGCAGCCACAGAGUCAGAGCCCGCAACAGCAGGGCCCAGCGGGCAAAAUGAGGGCCAACCACCACUACCGUUACGGACCCCACCGCCGAUGCCACCACGUUCCACUGCAGGUCCAGCACACCCUCGCCUCCACAUGGCACCCAACCACCACCUAAAGAUAACCCACUACCGGCGCGCCGUCAACCGCCUGGAUAUAUUCGAGGCCCGGUGCGAUCUGGCCGUCUUGAGCAGCGGCCAGGAACCACACGUGCGCUGCAGCAUUCUAGGGCGUGGGUGGGACGAGAACCGCGAUGGCGCUCUGAAGAUGAUGCAGACGUUUCUGGCCCUCGCCCAAGAGGACGAGCGACGUACGGGCCGCCUGCGACCCAUUCAUGGGAUCAUCACGAGUGGGCUCAGCGUUAGCCUCUGCGAGAUGAAUGAGCAGCGCGAGUUUUGCCACACCGAUUUCCGGGACACGCUGCCACCGUACCGCCAUGUUGAAGGACACAAUGGGCCCGGCGCCGUUCUAUUUGCCACGACACGGCUUUACAACAAUAUCAGGGACAUGCUCAAUGUGAAGGGCUUGGAUCCAGAACUGCCGGAGGGUAAGAGGCGGAGCCGGCGAGGCACGCGGCCCAGGUCGAACGCUGUGUCGAAAGGGAAAGAGCCAGCUUCCACCACUGAUGAAGUUUGAAGCUAGUGAAGUGAGGGUGGUGUUGGUGUCUGCCUUGGUUGUUUCUCGUUGCGUCUGUCAUUCGUUGGGCUUUUAUCUAUCUUUUUCUGGAGAUCUGGGUGGAAAAGUGUCAUAGUCAUUCCUUCGUUACUUAGCAGCCUUGUGGAGUUUUAAUAGGUAAGAAUCGGUAUUGCUGUUCAGGAGGCAAGCUUAUAGUGG